AUGGCUCGUGUUUUCAUGUGUGCCACGGCACUGCUUGCAUCUGUCUGCUUCGUUGUGCCUCGUCCAGAACAUCCGCGAUUCCAAGUGAAUCAACUUCGAUUUCGGAAGACAGACAGGCAAUGCAAGCAGACUGCACUGGCAUCAGCAACUCUCUGCUUAAGUUUGAGCUUGGUCACUGGAGUCUCGACGUAUACAUGGCAAGCGCGAAACAAGUGUCGUGCGCCAUUACGACAAUGCCGGCUCCGAAGCAUCGACGAUGAGAGCAUGCUGCUGUUGGCUGAAGCUCGACGGCUACGGGCUGAAGCUGCCAACUUAGAGCAGGAACAGUUGAGAGCAAAAGAGCUGAUGAUGGUUCGCGGCGGCUUGGAACUAGUCCAGCACCAGCCAGAUUGGCCCCAGCCGAUGACUGCGCCGGCACUAAAAGCCCUUACCCAUGUGAAGCCAAGAGUCCAGAGGGAGACCAAACCUCCACGGUCAGCCCAGCCAGAGCCUCAUGUGAAGCCCGUGGAAGACUUUGAGUACGAGAUUCCUGUCAUGGACCAUUCCUUGCGGCUGCUGGCAACACUGCCAUACUUGCUACCAGCCAUUGAUGCCUGGCGCUUCUUUGGUGUUGGCAUCGCAUUCGAAGCCUGGCCUGCGCUGUACAUGGAGUGGACGUCCUUGGCAACAGAGGUCCCAGAGGACUUCCCCUGCAUCUUCGCCGCGCUGUAUCCCGUGCUACUGUUUGGCAUGCCCUUGAUCGCAGUGCGACGAUGGCUGCCAGAACUCCUGCGUGUGAACCUCAAUCAGGCUUUCCUGUUCAGCGGGAUCCUCUGUCUUGCUUUUCACCUCUCCGCUUUCAGCCGAUGGUUGGCGUUCCUGUGUGCCGGCGAUGAUGCACUGUAUGUGCCAGCUGCUGCAGAGCCGCCUUUGAUGCCUGGUGGUCAUGUACUGUUGCCGCUAAUGGCAGCGUGCAUCGUCUACAGCAUCUACUGCACACUUUGCAGAGGCACUUUUCCCGACAAGAUCCCUUUCAUUUCUGCUGAAGCUAGAAGAAGCUUGGGGACUAGCCCGACUGCUCUGAGGAGCAAGUCGUGCUCCAAUUUCUUGGAGCGCAAGUCGCGAAGCCACAGGAUCCUUCCGGGAGCCCACCGAGACGAUGCGGAUUAG